AUGGUUGCAGCUGGCAGGUUGACCAGUAAGAACCCAGGCAGCAUUUCAGAGUUGGUGGACCCUGGCUUUUACCUGAGUAGCCUGCUAAAUGAUUUUGACUACUGGGAUUAUGUUGUUCCUGAACCCAACCUCAGUGAGGUGAUAUUUGAGGAGACCACUUGCGAGAGUUUGGUUAAAAUGAUAGAGAACUGCCUGUCCCAAUCAGAGCAAACCAAACUGGGUUGUUCAAAAGUCCUGGUCCCUGAGAAACUGACCCAGAGAAUUGCUCAAGAUGUCCUUUGCCUCUUCUCCACAGAGCCCUGCAGCCUGCAAGGCUGUGUUAUGAACGUGAUCAUGGAAGUUGGAAAUGUAUGUAUAAAGCUGGAUAAGAUAGUGUGUGAGUCGACUGUGGUGCCUACUUUUGAGCUGACGUUGUUUAAGCAGGAGAACUGCUCAUGGACCAGCUUCAGGGACUUUUUCUUUAGUUGA